AUGGAUGAGAAGGUCAAACAGCACUAUCUAGCUGACUCCCCUCCCACGGUAGUUUGCCUAGAGAUCAAACACCACUGGGAUAAUCUUAAGGAUACAAAGCUGAGGCGAUAUGCGCACUACAUAAGCAGAGCGGCAUUUGAAGGCACUCGCGUUACUUUGCGCCAGGUUUCUCCCGAGUCUGAGCCGAUCUACGAUCUCAUAAUCACACUCUAUCGUGCCUGUGAUGGAAAUUGGACUGACCUCGCCAAGAAGACCAAUGUAAGCGACGAGAAUUUGCGCUAUUUCUUGGAGUAUUCGGCCCAGUUCCUCGGAAAUUGCGGGAACUACAAAGGUUUUGGUGACUCCAAGUUCAUUCCUCGACUGCCUGUAGAAACCUUUCAGGCGUUAGCCUCAUCCACCUCAGAAACAAAAGCAGCAUUUGAGAAAGCGAAUACGACCGGAGGCGGCAUUUAUGAGACAAAAGAGCAGGCGCUUAUGCACCUUGGUUAUACAGAUGGUGGCCAUAUGACUACUUAUUACCCUGAUUCGCCAUCCAUAACAAAGGAUGAGAUCACAGCUAUUGGCGACCUUAUGGAGAAAAAGGGGCUGCCCCUGGAAAAUACAAGACUUAAGAAGUUAUCGUCCGGGGACUUUGAAUUGUUAAUUGCCUCGGGCGUUGCUUCUCCUCCUGUAAGGGACAGGGAUCUUGGUGAGGUGGACGGUUUGGACCUGGAUGGUAACCUGGCUGGAAAGAAGCUGCGCCUGGUUUUUGGCGAUCAUAUAGAGGAAAUGGCAAAGAUUGCCCAUUCGGUUAAGCAAGCGGGGCUCAAUGCAGCAAACGACAGCCAGAAACGGAUGUUAGAUGCAUAUGCCUUGUCGUUUGGUGCCGGUUCAAUUGAAGCGUUCAAAGAAAGCCAGCGGACCUGGGUGAAAGAUCAAAAGCCAAGUUUGGAGACCAACAUAGGGUUUGUAGAAACUUAUAGAGACCCGCAUGGAGUGCGAGGAGAAUGGGAAGGCUUCAUUGCUUUGGUUAACCUAGAGCGUACCCGAGCAUUCGGGAAACUGGUGGAUAGUGCAGAGAGCAUGAUUCCUAAGCUUCCAUGGGGCAAAGACUAUGAAAAGGACAAAUUUCUCAGCCCAGAUUUCACUUCGCUGGAAGUCUUGAGCUUUCAAUCUUCCGGCAUACCUGCUGGCAUCAACUUGCCCAAUUAUGACGAUAUCCGUCAAAAUCUAGGCUUCAAGAACGUUUCUCUUGGAAAUGUGCUUAGCGCCAAAGCCCCUAAUGAGCCUGUUCCUUUUAUUGCCGAGAAGGAUUUGGAGGUUUAUCGCAGAUGCCGUGACCCCGCAUUUGAAGUCCAGGUGGGCAUCCAUGAACUUCUCGGGCACGGAACUGGCAAGCUUCUCCAGGAGACUGCCCCAGGAGAGUAUAACUUCGAUAUUUACAACCCUCCUCUGAGUCCAGUCACGGGGAAACCUGUAUCUACAUGGUACAAGCCUGGUCAGACCUGGAGCUCGGUUUUUGGAGCUAUCGCCUCUUCUUACGAAGAGUGCCGUGCAGAGUGCGUUGCUAUGGUGCUCAGCUGCGACUUUAGCAUUCUGAAGAUUUUUGGGUUCGGAAACGGGCAAGAAGAUCUCACCAACGAGGCUGGAGAUGUCUUGUUCGCAGCAUAUCUGCAGAUGGCUCGUGCAGGCCUCGUCGCCUUGGAGUUCUGGGACCCCAAAACUCAGAAAUGGGGGCAAGCCCAUAUGCAAGCUCGCUAUAGUAUUCUGCGAACAUUCCUUGGCGCCGGUGACGAUUUCGUCAAGCUUUUCUAUACGAAAGAAGAUCUCUCGGAUUUGGAGAUACAUCUAGACCGAUCGAAGAUUCUGACGCACGGACGUCCAGCCGUGGAGAAAUAUCUGCAAAAGCUGCAUAUCUACAAGAGUACCGCGGACUUUGAAGCAGGUAAGAAACUUUAUGAUGAUGUCACGUCGGUUGAUGAAUGGUGGGGGACCAAAGUUCGCGAGGUUGUUCUUCAGAACAAGGUCCCACGUAAAGUGUUUGUCCAGGGCAACACCAUCCUAGAUGGGGACGAAGUGACCCUGAAAGAAGACACCACUCUCCUGAUCGGCGUGACAAACGGGAGUCUGGAACCUCCUCGAUCAACGGGACGCCCCUCACAAGUAGCUCCUUACAAUCGCCAACAGGCAUACGAGAAUAAACCCUGUCCCUGUGAACUCGAAACGAAUCUCGACACCUUGCCGUGGCAAUCAAGUGCUCCUGGCUCGCCUAUCACGGCGCGGCCGCAUCAUUUCCCGGAUUCUACAGGGGAGGAAGACGACGACUUCUAUACUGCGCCGCCGCCGCAUUCCCCGUCCUCACAAGCUUCCUCGUCUAGCUUUAUCUCAGCACAUCCUCCGCCAUUCUUGUCUCUUGGGUACAAUCCUGGAGCUGAUUCUAAUCGUGCCAAGCUUACAGUUCCCGAAUCUGGGCCGGCUUUCGUCUUGCCGUUCACAACCCCGUCCUCCGAAGAAGAGCAACUGGAACCAGACUCCUCAUCAUCCGAGAUCGCGGAGACCAAGAAAACCUUUUCCAGGGAUUCCAAAGUUUAUUCUCCAGGAAGGUCAGCGGAAGAGGGAGAGCCUCCUCCCCCGUAUACCGAAGGAUCUAGUCCCAUAACCUCAUUCACCUACGUUAUGGCUACGGCAGGAGGCGCGUCGAGUAUCAUCACUCAAGUGCAACAAGCGGGUGGACCACCGAUAAACACUUUAGGAGACAUCGGCGGCGAUGAACAUAUCACUCUUGACCUCAGGGGAACCAGGUUCACACUCUCUCGAGACGAACUGUUGACACUGCCGGAGUUUGUCCUUUUAUCGCUGUUUCCGAAUGGUUUGCUUCCAGAUGGACACAUGGGCACCUUUCACGAAGGUGAUAUUUACCCUGUUGAUUAUGACCCGGUGUCUCUCCAGUACAUGCUAGACUUCUUCCGCUCCGUCGCUCAAUCCAUCCCGUCGUCGCCAACAGCCUCGACAUCACAAGACCUAGACGUAUCCCCCGACUCCCUGCAAGGAUCGACUAGGGACAUGCUCCAGGACCGGGCAGGUAUCAUCGUGCUACGGGAAGACCUUGAUUUUUAUGCAAUUCCUCCACGGCCGGAUAUCGAUCACGCGGAAAUGAUUGAGGUCAAACGUGCAGCUGCAAGAGCACUACUGAAACAAGAUGGGAUAUUCUCAGGAUUGAGGAAGAGCGAUGAGGCCGGUUCAACAGAGCAGCACUUGAUCGAGAUGCUGACUGCAGGCGGUUUUGAUCGUAAUGAUCGGUGGGGCCACCGGGCCCCAGAGCCCAACAAGGCAGUUAUCUGUAGCCUCGCAUUGGCCAAACUCCGUACUGAUAUCAGGGGUGAUAUCCCUAAUAACAACGCAGUCGGCAUGGCCCAGAAACUCCUCCUAUUUUGGAGAAAACCUGCUAGAAGAUGCUGGUGGGAGGGUGUUGAGUUGGAGAAUAUCGAAGGCGUUGAAGGCAAGGUGAAAAUCUGGAUUCGGAGAGUAUGGACUUUAGAAAUGAGUGUAAUUGGGCUUCGAUGA